AUGGUGUUCCAUUCAGCGUGCUGGGCUAGAGCCUCGGCGCUGACAGCAGCCGGUCAAGUUUCAAGAGACGCAAAAGCACAACUUCACCAUCGGAAGCCCCGCCCUCUACACUAUCAUAUUUUCUCAAAGACUUCUGGCGCGUGCGAAAAUAAUGCGGCUCACCUCCACUUGAAGAUAUAUCUGCGGGUAUGGGGAGAGCCCAUUCUUCAUGGGGCAGAGUCGCCAAGGUUAAAUCCCCAGUGCAUCGACCCCGCGGCCUGGUCGUCAACGACAUGCCAUGCCUUCACAUCACCAAAGCUACCGCCCACGACCGCCACAAGGCCAAUUGGCAUCUCAAAACAUACAUCUAAUCCCUCCCUAAAUCUCGUGAGCUUUCUGGAUAAUCGAAACCCACGGUCUUCUUCUAUCGCCAUCACAAUGCUCUACGGCAUCAUCCCCCGCAAUGUCGUCUCCUUCAACGCAGAAACCGACAUACCAGCUCUAGAUGGGAAAAUAAUACUAGUAACCGGCGGGAACGUCGGCCUAGGCAAACAAACAAUCCUCCAACUCUCGAAACACAACCCCAAGCGCAUCUACCUCGCCGCACGCACCGAGUCCAAAGCCGAAGCUGCAAUCAAAGAGAUCCAAUCCCUCGUACCCUCCGCGCCGAUCACAUACAUCCAUUGCGAUCUCACAUCCUUGACUUCUGUACAGCAAUGUGCACGGGAAUUCACGUCGAAGGAGGAGCGGCUAGAUCUCCUGUUCUUAAACGCAGGAAUCAUGGCUACACCACCCGGGACCACCGCCGAAGGCUAUGAGAUCCAAUUCGGCACAAACCAUAUCGGGCACGCCCUCCUCACCAAACUUCUCCUCCCUACACUCGUCAAGACCGCAGCGGCGCCAGGUUCCGACGUCAGGGUUAUAAGUCUCUCGUCCGUUGGACACCUGUACGCGCCGUGGAGCGGGUUAUCCUUCCCGGAUCUGAAGACAGAUAUGCGGGGUUCAACGACAUGGUGUCGCUAUGCGCAGUCCAAGUUGGCGAAUAUUCUGUUUGCGAGAGGGUUGCAGAAGAGGGUUGGGGAGAAGGGGAUUAAAGCUGUUGCUGUGCAUCCUGGGGUUGUGGAUACGGAGUUGUAUCGCUCGACUUUUAGUGGGUAUGGGCCCCUGGGGCGGCUGUUGGAUAAGGGCAAGAGGUUUGUGUAUACGGGGGUGGAGAAGGGGGCUUUGAAUCAGCUUUGGGCGGGUGUGGGGAAGGAUGUUGAGGGUGGUGAGUACUAUACUCCUGUUGGGGUGAGUGGGCAGGGGAGUAAGUGGAGUGUGGAUGAGGGGUUGGCUGAUGCGCUGUGGGAGUGGACGGAGAAGGAGCUGGUGGGGUAUAAGAUAUGA